AUGGCGCCCUCCUCCGUCCUCUUUGACUCCUCCGUCGACGACGAUCCCGUCGCCCCCGCUCCUGCUUCCGCCAUCCAGGGCAUCUCCAUCCGCAGUCAUGUCCCGGUCGUUCUCGACAUGGACGAGGGCAACUACGGGCAAUGGCGGUGCUUCUUCGAAUCUGCGCUCGGCAAGUUUGGCCUCUCCGGCCACGUUCGUUCGCCCACUCCAUCGGAGGACCGCAACGGUGAGUGGCGCAUGGUGGACUCCUGCGUCGCCAACUGGAUCCUCACCACGGUCUCCAAGGGUGUCUUCAACAUCAUCUGUCGCGAUCGCAACGAUGCCUUCUCUCUAUGGCACGGCAUCGCCGGCCUUUUCCAGGACAACGAACUUCAGCGCGCGGUGUACCUCGAAGCUGAGCUGCGCUCACUGCAGCAAGGCGACAUGUCGCUGAACGACUACUGCACCAAGUUAAAGCGGCUCACCGAUCAACUGCGCGACAUCGGCCACCCCGUCUCCGAGCCCGCCCAGGUGCUCAACCUUCUUCGCGGGCUCAAUCCCCGUUACCGCUACGUUAAGCCGGUGAUCACCUCCAAGUACCCGCCGUACUCCUUCAUGAGCGCCCGCUCCUUCCUCAUGCUUGAGGAGGCCAGUGUCCAGCACGACGUCGCCGCCGAGGCCACUCAGGCCCUCGCUGCGACCCAUGGCGACUCGGCCAGCGGCACGCCCACCGGCAACAAGGACGGUUCCUCCUCCAGCGCGCCUCGCCGCGACAACCGCUCUAACAGCGGCGGCGGCAACUCCCGCUCCAACAAUCGAUUCGAUCACCGGCGUGGUCGCGGCUACGGCAACGGCGGCAGCUCCCGAUCCAACAACAACCAGUCUGGUCCGUGGGCUGCGGGCCACAACCCCUGGCAAGGCAUGGUGCAGACCUGA